AUGAUGAUAUUAGUGCAAAAUGCAACCCCCGAGACUAUUUUACUGUUUCAUGAUCAAUUAUCGAAUGAACUUCCAAAUAUCAAAGGCAAAUGGGGAUUCAAUUUCAAAAUCUUUAGAAACAAUCAUUUUUCAGUACCACCCGAGUUAGCUGAUACGCAUUCAAGUUCUCCAGAAACUACGUUUCUCCACACGCUUUCACCAUCCUACAUGGCUCAUACGACCAUUACACUUAUCAAUCGUAAAACCAGUGGGGUUUUCUGUACUUCAGUUAAGGAAGAAAAUGGUUCUGAUGAUGCGCUAUAUGCCAUUCCCGAUAAGCAUUUGAAUCUUGGAGCUACUACAGGCUUAAAUGAUCCCUUUGAUUCGUUUGUGCAUCAAAAACUCCAAGCAGCUUGGUCUCAAAAACAAAUUAUUCGAGGUGAUGGUGGUCAAAUUUAUGAACUACAAAAUGGUAACUUAAUAUUCAGAACUUCAAACGUGUUUUUACAUGGGAUUUUCAAAGGUUUACUUAUUCAGAUAGAGAUAUUGGAUACCGGGAUUCCUCCGGCAAAAUUAUCAGAUAUUAAUGAAAUCCAAGCCCUUUUCAAAACAAUCAUUCAAAAAUAUAGAAUCCCAGAAGGAACAACAUGUUACGAUGUUUUAAACGCCAAACAUUUGGAUACUUGUGGAGAUCUUGCACUUCAAUAUUCUUACAUACUUAACUUUUGA